ACCUUGUCAAACACGACACGAGUCUUAUGCUGGGUGAUGACCGCACCCCAGAACCUGGAACCCCGAACCAGACACAUCAAGGCGACGUGGGCCAAGCACUGCCACAAGCUGCUCUACAUGAGCUCGCAGACCACCGACUUCCCCACCGUGGGCCUGAACGUGAGCGAGGGGAAGGAGAACCUGUACUGGAAGACCAUCAGAGCCUUCCAGCACAUCCACCAGAACCACCUGGAGGAGGCGGACUGGUUCCUGAAGGCGGACGACGACACCUUCGUGGUGGUGGAGAACCUGCGGUACAUCCUGUCCCGGCUGGAUCCGGAGAAGCCUCUGUACCUGGGCCGCAGGUUCCGGCCCUUCGUCCGCCAGGGCUACAUGAGCGGAGGAGCGGGUUACGUCCUCAGCAGAGAAGCCCUGAGAAGAUUCAUCCAAGGGUUCAGCGCCGGGAACUGCACACACUCCUCCCACAUUGAAGACGUGGCCCUGGGGCAGUGCAUGGAGACGAUGCGGGUGGAGCUGGCGGACUCCAGAGACGUGAAGGGCCGACAGACGUUCCACGCCUUCCCUCCCGAUCAUCACGUAGUGAAGCAGUUCAAAAGACGAACGCCGUACUAUCUGCUGUACGAAUACUACGCUCCCGUCGAGGGUCCAGGAUGCUGCUCGGACCUCGCCGUGUCCUUCCACUACAUCACCCCCGUCGAGCUGUACAUGCUGGAGUACCUGACGUAUCACCUGCGGCCGUACGGAUACAGAUACAGAUUCGACCCCGAUGAGGCGCCGCCUGACGCCGGGUCGCCUGCGUUGCGGAAUUUUUGCGUUAAGAGGGAAGCGACGUCGGUGAUGAUCUCCUCCGCCAUGCGCGCUGAGGGGGCGCCACGCCGGCGGCAGACGCUCUAG